GUUUGUUGUGUCUUUGCUUUGCAGGUUUCGAGUUGUUGUUUCUGCUUGCUGUGCCGUCUUAGGGAACACUAAAAACUAGAGAGUCAAGCACGCCAGAAAGCAAGCAAUGUGUGUGUGUGUUUUUGGUGCGUGCUCUGUGCUAUUUUCGUGCCAAGUUUCGGCUGUCGAUUCGACAGCGUAUGAAAUUGCUACUUCUUCCGCAGUUUUUUAGAGCAUUUUCAGACCAAAGAGUCACCUCAGAGCGCCGCCACAUGCAGUACCGAGUCGACGCUACAGUGGGCUAUCAGGACUCCAGCGAUGUGACAUCCUCAGUUGCAUCUUUCGGCAACUGGCGACCGAGAGCAUCACAGGUCCACUCGAAGCUGAACGCCUUAGGUGCCGCUACUCGUUUCAAGGAGCCGAUGCCCUUUGAAAUGCUGCAAGCGAUGCUGUAUCGAACAUUUGUGGAACUGGCGGAAGGCACUAAGGAGGCAUCUCCCCUUCCUGGGGCCAGUGCGCUACCAUUAUCGCUCCCAAGAAAAGCUGUGUUGCUUCUGUUGGAUGCUGUUGCACCACCUCUCCCACCACUGGGCCCAAGCUAGUUCCUCGGAAGGACACUUGCAUGCGUAAGAGAAGAGCCUUCGGAAGACUCAGUAUGUAGGGCAUUUCAUCCACUCAGAUGGAGGCCAAGCCGCUAGUAGGUUUGGCAGGCCAUUGCUAAGUCGGUUGGAGGAGGUGAUCGAGAAUCCGCUCGGGCCAUGUUUGGGUCACUAGGAACAAGGACGCUACGAACGUAGCAAAGGGCAUCGCUGGAACGAUCGGACGCAACUAGGUGAGGACGCUACUAGUAGCAAAGGGCAUCGCUACUAGGAACAAGGUUCGCUACUAGGGGCUCCUGGCCGUACUACUAGGAACCAGGUUCGCUACUAGUAGCUAUAAAGGGCAUUGCUAUUCUCUCUUUUUUGCAGGUGGAGCCACAGCUCGCCGCACCCUUGGGUACUACGCUUUGAGUCGACGAAUCGAGCUACGGUACUCGUGAGCGUGUCCUUCGAAAGGACACCGUUGGUGGGAAUUGCGGGCACGUUUAUCAUUGCCUCCAAAUCCAACUAUCACCUGGAUGGAAUUGGCCAAUGAGCUGGACAAUCUCCUGGAGUUUUGAGCACCGGGCCCUGCGCCCAAUUCGCCGAUGCAAAUGCCACGUCCCUUCGCACGUGCGGUGUGAAAAGGACUGCUGUCUCGCCAUGGCCGUAAACAAUCGCAAGAGACUAUCCGAGUCCAGCCAUGCCUUGUAAUCCUUGUGCCCUUGACG